UUGCCAGGGAGAAGCACACUGAGUGAGCAGAGAAAAUCCUUCAAGGGAACCCAGCCUUGAGGAACUAGCACUGCUAGGCGUUGUGGCCAUUUGGGCCACUUAACCAUUCAAAAAGAAGAACUUUGCCCCACUCUUGUCAUUCUGAAGGACCGUGAACCCUGAAGUCCUAUAUCUCUCAUCGUACAGGAAGCUGAGUACUUCAUACUCAGUCAGGACCUUGAACCUUAAAUUUGUAAGACUCUAAGGGCUCCAGAAACAAAGACUUCAUAAGACAAAAUCCCUUGAGACCAGAAGACCACUACCUCUAACAGCAACAUACAGAACCCAUUUUCUUUAACUCGUGGGAGAAGCCAGGAUGGAAAUGUCAGCCACCUCACAGGACUAUGCCAUAACCACAGAAUAUAACUACGAGGAUGCAACCCCAUGCCAGAAGGGAGAGGUGAGGGACUUUGGGGCCCAGCUGCUGCCUCCCUUGUACUCUCUGGUAUUCAUCACUGGCCUAGUUGGCAACAUCCUAGUAGUCCUGGUCCUCAUGCAAUACAAGAGACUCAAAAGUAUGACCAACAUCUACCUCUUUAACCUGGCCAUUUCUGACCUGCUCUUCCUCCUCACACUGCCUUUCUGGAUUAACUACAAGCUGAAGGAUAACUGGGUAUUUGGUGAUGGCAUGUGUAAGUUCCUCUCAGGGCUUUACUACAUAGGCUUGUACAGCGAGAUCUUUUUCAUCAUCCUUCUGACCCUCGACAGAUACCUGGCCAUCGUCCACGCCAUAUUCGCCCUGCAAGCCCGGACUGUCAUCUUUGGUAUUGUCACCAGCUUUGCCACCUGGGUCCUGGCCAUCUUGGCUUCCAUCCCAGACUGGCAUUUCUCCAAAACUCAGUGGGAGGUCUCUCAUUAUACCUGCAGUCUUCAUUUCCCCUAUGAAAGCCUAAAAACGUGGAAAAAGUUCCAGGCUCUGAAACUGAACAUCUUGGGACUGGUUUUGCCACUCUUGGUCAUGAUUGUCUGCUACACGGGGAUUUUAAACAUUCUGCUCAGGCGGCCAAGUGAAAAGAAAUCCAAAGCCGUCCGUCUGAUUUUUGUCAUCAUGCUCAUCUUCUUCCUCUUUUGGACUCCCUACAAUCUGUCUAUGCUUGUUCAUGCUUUCCAAGACUCCCUGUUCACCAGGGAGUGUGAGCAGAGCAAGCAGCUGGACCUGGCCUUGCAGGUGACGGAGGUGAUUGCCUACUCGCACUGCUGCAUCAACCCCGUCAUCUACGCCUUCGUCGGUGAGAAGUUCCGCAAGUACCUGCGCCAGCUGUUCCACAGGCUUGUGGCCGUGCACGUGGCUAAGUGGCUCCCCUUCUUCUCCCCGGGAAGGCUGGAGAGGGCCAGCUCCAUGUCCCCUUCCACAGGGGAGCACGAACUGUCUGCUGGGUUCUGACUCAGUCCCCUGGAGGCAGAUCCAGGACCAAAAAGGGUCACCUGCCAGGCACACUGCCCUGAGAGGAGGCACUGUGGCUCUCCUGGCCGGAUUCUGACCCCCUGCCGUGGCGUGGAAUUGCAGCCCCUUGGGGUUGAGGUCGCUUAAAGAUGAUCUAGACUAAAUCACUUCCGGCGG